AUGUCUCUGCUCGCCAACGUUAAUCUUUCGCCAUAUCCUACUCACCCUCCUCCUUCUCCUCCUUCUCCUGCUCCUGCCUCUCCGUCUUCCUCUCCUCCGUCGCCAGCAUGCCCUGCAGCUCAUCUUUCCCUCAACCUUGCCGAAGAUCCCAAUGCACGGUAUCGAGGCGGAUCGCCUUGGUCCCCUCCCCAUCAGGAAGCCGUCGUAAAAAUGUCGCCCGUUGUUGAAUGCAUGGGUUCGGUAGCACAGAUACAGGAAGGCUAUAAGGACGGUCGGUUGGACCAGUCCGUCGCCGCCGAUGAGUAUCAGCAGUCAGUAGAGAGAGAGUACCCAAUCCGAUAUUCAAAGAGACCCAGACACACGCACCUCCUGCACACCACUGCUACCACCACUACUACCACCCAAGGGAACCGUGGAUUAUUCUACAGUAGUGCCACUGAGCCCGGUACCCUCAUCCCAACGCCCGCCGCCGCACCACACCACCGCCAGCUGCAUCGACGCCAGCAGCACCAGCACAUCCACAUCCGCUAUCAGCAGCAGCAGCAGCAGUCGAUCAGCAAUAGUAGCCGCAACGGCACCAAACACUUCCCACUGCCGCUACUAGCCUCCGUGCCUUCGUCCACUCGAUCCACUACCACCACCACUCCCAAUCCCACCACCCCCUCGAGAAUUCCACCCUCACCCCCAAUAGACUACUACCUUGAAUCAUCUUCAACCGCCAUCACGACGAAACCAAAAGCAACCCCCUUUCACCGUGAUCCCUUAGCCAUCACCGUCCAGAAACGAGUCCACCGUCGACAAAGCCGGGAUCUCUCUUCGGUGCGUCGAUCUCUCGUCAACGAGCUGCGGCCGUUCAAAAGCAUGGAAGACUGUCACCACCGUGCGUCCCAGCAUCGUCUACUCUCCGAGUCUUCCUUGACACCAGGCGAGCUGGAAGAAAUCAUUCGCGAAGCUGGCACGACCCAGAACAACGAUCUCUCUCACAUGAUUGUCACCACCGCCACCUCCAAUACUCCCCGGUAUUGUGGUAGCAACGGUGCGGGGGCGCACCACCACAACCACCAGCACCAGCACCACGACAACGGCAAUAACGACAACAACAACCCGCACCACUAUAUGAACGAUGGUUUAUCUGCCGACGGCCUGCACACGCAAUAUGCCUUCAACACGGGAAUCGCAUCGAGAUCACACAGCAUGUCCUCAUCCCUCCACAGCAAUACGAUCCACGAAACCUCCACCGAGGCCAACACUGCUGAGCAGUACGCCGUUCGACGGAGCAGCGACCCAACCGAGGCCGUCUUCGUCCAACAGUCGCGGCACUCUUCCUUCUCGCACCCCGUCGACGAGUACGAUCACCACCGAGCGGCGGCAUGGGCGCAAGCGUUCCCUCCCGAACAUGGCAUCGCCGAAGUGGCCCCCGCGCUUUCGACCACCGACACCGUUGCGGCGGAGGCGGUAGUAGCGGCGCAUUGGUGGGGUGCCGCAACUGCAGCUGCAACGGCAGAAGAGGAACACAAAGCGAGGGUGGAAGCUAGCGCCGAAGAAUGGGCACGACAUGAGCAAGCCUCCUCCACUCACGUCCUUGCAUCGCAAUAUAGUGCGACGCCACACACGCCGGCAGCUUCAUCGUUUGGCCGCGGCGACUCCGCGGAGCCAUACAUCAAAACCCGACAAUCCUCGAUUGUGUAUGCCCAUCAGCCGCCCUCGCCUGGCGAGGAAUACGUGCGCACCGUGCAACACCUCAAGUCGUCGCCUGCAGCGCCUUCGCCGCCGGAAUCCCCCGGCUUCCGGUUCGACUUUGGGUACAAUCAGCAGCCGUGGCUGACUUACCCCCAAUUUCACCAGCGCCAGUCCUCAAUUCCGCCAACUCCCCCCUCUCGACCACCGUCGACAUCUAACGCUAACAACUACAAUCACAACGACACGGCCGUCGUUGCCGCUGCUACAGCUGCCCUCGCCGCCACAAAGACGUCUAAAUCAAAGGCGCGGGCAUCCCGACCGCCAUCAGCACGCAAGACCAGCAGCUCAUCCAUUCGCACCUCGUUGAAACAGCCGCAGCUCCCUCCGACCGAUGUGUCGGGCGAGAGGAGUUUCGUCAACUUUACGCCAAACGAUGCGAGCCGAAUACUGAGUGGCGUGGCGCCUAGCGGCAGCAGCAAGACCAAGGCAAGACGAGAGCGCGAAGCGAUGGAGAAGCGGCGGAAGCUGAGCGAGGUUGCGACGACGGCGAUACUAGCGGUCGGCGGCGAUACUAGUGUACUCGCCAAGGUCGAUCUCCUGUAACGACCGCCCAUUAGGAACCUAGCAGCUGCAUACCAUGUCUCAGCCUGAAAUGUCCCACACCCCACCACCACUACCACCCCUGGACUACAUUACAUGGCCGGUAUUUAUUUUCCACCUGGGAUUUUUUUUGUAUUUUUUUCCCACCACCACCACAUGAGGAAGUGAGGAGGCGGCGGCGCGAGAUGAGAUGGAUGGAAGUUUGAAAGCAAGGAGAGAGACCGGACGGCUACGGAUCUUGGUUACACCUGUUACCGUGUGUGUGUGUGUGUGUGUGUGUGUGUGUUCAUUAGAGGGUUUUUGCUAAGG